AUGAUAGGACGGUCAGUGGAUUCAGCGAUUCCUACAAUCUUGUUCUUUUGCGAGGGGAAGGAGCCGCGCAAAAAGGCUAAGAAGACUAUCGACGAAGGUGGUCUUUUGGGAAAGCUCGCCGGGUUCCGAACUGGACACCUCGCCAAACUACCGGGGAUAGGGAGGCUGAUACAGCCUGCAGCAGGGAAUGAAGACAUUCGGCAAUCGACAGGAUCUGGCAUGAUAUCUGAUGUCUACUUCGAUCCGUCAGCUCCUAUCAAAGCCAUCGCGAUGCCAAUAUUCAUCAAGCAGGUCGGUAAUAUCCUACGGAAAGCUACAGCUAACGCUGUCUUCGAGGGAGAAAAAUGUGUUUAUCUGUCCGUCUCACACGUGUUCUUCGGUGACGUAUCUUCACCACCAGCCGUGUCUACUACCAGCGACAGCGAAUUUGACUAUGGAAGUGGAACUGAAGACGAAGAUGAUGACAGAUGUAUGGAUGCAACAUCGCGCGCGAGUGUCAGCUCAUUAGAGGAAGGUUCUGACGACCAAUCGGAAUCGCCAACUUGCAAGUCUACCUCGACGACGUCACCUGUACCAUCGGUUCAAAGCGACCAAGAAUUUCCAGACGUGGCAGAUUUGGUGCUUUUAGGUCAUCUGACAACGUACUCUGUGGACCUCGAUUGGGCCGUGAUCGACGUUUGUCAUAUUGGAGUCUAUUCUGCCAUCUCUCAACUUAAAACAGAUGUACAGAGCGGAAGUAUUCAAGGGAAGUUGAUCUCCAGCACGGAGAACAUGGAGAUUGUUGCGCAUACCUCUCGAGGCCUUGUCCAUGGACAGUUGUCUCAUACAGCAACAUACAUGCGACUUCCAAACAAUAACAUAGCGUCUGCGGACUCCGUUCAGGAUGAGAGGUCUACUUUGGAAAGACAGGCAGUAACAAGAAGUCCUUCAGGUUUUGAGAGACCGCUUGGACACAGCAGGGAUCAGUCUGAUAUCGAAUUUGUUCAGCCCGAAUCCGAUUGCAGUUUUAGUUCAACGAAAAAGUUUCCGACACCGAUUCUCCAUUCUCCUAAUAGCACCACCUCGCUGUACUCUACACCACCCACAACUGAAUACGCAGAGUCUUCAAGAGCUUCGACACCUGCUCGUACCGAAUGGCAAGAUCUACAGCCGCCAAGUCCGAGCAAGCCUCCAGUAUACGACGAUAUGGGUAAACUGAGAUGGAUCAUCGGCAACAAACUAGAAGACUUCAAAACAACAUCUAAGAUGGUGACUGUUCGCCAAGCGGCCAUGGGUUCCUACUUGGAGAAGGUCCACCAAAUGACCAUGAGCGAUGAUCAAGGCGCCACGAGAGCUCGAUCUAUCGAGAUACCCAAAAGCAAACGGAAGAACGAUAGUAAAAAGAAGGAUUUGGAAUCCAACAAUCGACUCCAGCCUGACAGCAACGUUCCCGGUUCACAAGUAGCACACCAAUCCACCCUUUCUCGGAGACCUAUCGUUGUCCCAAUAAUAGAAGAAAUGAGAGGAUUUUAUCCAUUCGACUUAUAUCCAGUGCCAGAACUAUUCUCCCUAGGAAGGCUGGAUCCUUUUGGGGUCAUGUUUCCAUCUCAGUCCCAGCGCAUCUCUUUAGAAAGACUCAAACUCCACUUUCACCAAUGCUUCGCGACAGAGAGAAUGAUGGACAUUUGGAUGUCAGCAUGCCUUCAUUACCCUCACACUUUUCUCGGGACUCUUUACAUCGCAUCUUCACACUACGAUGCUCUGCGUCAGUGCAAAGCAGAGAGCCUUGAGACUGCAGGCUUGCGACAAGAGGUGAUUCAUUUUGUCUCUGAGCACCUCACUAACAGGGAAAAUGGCGUUGCUGAUCACAACAUUGUGGCAGUACUGCAACUUAUCACUGGAAACGUCAUAGGUGGUGUGGACGCAGGAUUAAAACUCCAUCAGGAUGGGUUGCAAACUAUGAUUCGACAACGCGGGGGCCUGCAAAAACUCGAUUCGAUAUUGGCAUCAAUGGUCUCAUGGCUUUCGUUAGAAACGGCCGUUCUUCAUGAGAAACAGCCAGUGACUGAGUACUCUGAGUACUGCAUGUCCCACUCGAGUAAAACGUACGCAUCAACAUUAGCUAUACCAGAAUCGCCAGUCUGGUGUCCCCAUGAGGAUUAUAUCACUUUACAGAGGUCUGACGGUUGUAAUGAGCAGACGCUGCAAUUGGUAGUAGACAUGCGCCGUAUGAUUGAUGGUCUAAUGAACGAGAAGGAAUCAACGGCUCGAGCCUCUGAGUCUCUCGAUCUUCUUCACGAGAAACUCACCAUGUAUACUCCAGUGUCUCAACGACAGCUUUCCGAAGACAUGAAGUGCGAAGACUGGAGAUAUGAAGCGGUCCAUUUGGUAUCAACCAUCCAAGCCAUAUCUCUCGCCAGACGCAUUCCACUGAGUGAGGCACUUGCUCAGGUGUGCGUAGCCGACGUCUAUUCGAUUCCGCAGCUUCCCAGUGAGCCGUUUCUUCCUCACGACAAGAUGACGACCGCGGAUGAAGACCUGUUUGCGUCUUCGGUUAGCCCAUCCGCAGUAUCUGUUGUAAGCUCGAGAUGCACUCCUAUGACGAUAGAUACCAGAGACUCUGUACUCUCUUCCCUCCCAUCCAUCUCCGCUUCCAAAAGCUAUUCGUCGGCUUUACCAUCUUCUAACACUAUGGAAGAGCCUACUUCUCAGUCAAAAUUCCUCCAGGAGCUCGUAGAUGCGCUUGAGAAGUCGGACAUGUCUAAUUGCUGGGACUACAUGGCAGGCGUACUUUUGUGGAUAGCUCUUACAGCCGGUGCAGCCAGUAGUAAGAGUGAUCACAAGGUGCUUCGAAGGUACUUCUCAGCCCUAGCGAUCAGAGUUUCAAUGUUUCUGUGCUUCGAGCACCCUGAAGCUUUGCAUGCGACACUUCUGCGGAUGGCGAAUAUUCUUAAGGCAUUACACCAGCCAGAGGAAAACCAGAGGUUAAAGAGAAGAAAGGUGUGA